GUCUUGGCGCCAAGCGACCACACUCUUCAUCUCUCGGUUUACUCCGAGCGAAGUUCCUUUUCAUCAACAUCGUAUAGGUUCUGUAUUAUUAUAAAUGAAUAGCCUGCCAGUAUGUGAAUAAAGAAAUCUUGAAGAGUCUCACCAUCCAAACCACCGUCCAGUCUUUACCAACGGCAAUCCAGUCCUUACCUUCAACUUCAAAAAAGACCACCACUCUCUUUAAAAACACAUCGCAACCAUGCAGAUCACUCAGCUCUUCUCCGCCGCUGUGCUCAUGGCUUCCGCCGUCGUCGCCAACCCCACCCCGAUGCUCGAGGCCCACGGAACUGGUCUGGAGCGCCGCGUGCCCAAGACCUCCGGUGCCGCCUGCAUCAAGGCCCCGGUGAGCAACGACAAGGACUUCUCCUACUACACCUUCACCAUCGAUGAAGGUGUCAAGGCUGCCGCCGCGCAGGCCGGUCUUACCAAAAUUGGUGUCCGCCAGCACUGCAACUCCAACGGUGGUCCCUUUGGAAUGUGGGCGCAAAACACCGAGAACUGGGCCUACGUUGCCCUGGACAAGUUCGGCCCCAACCAGAAGUACAACGUCAAGGUCAACCGCUGCAAGAAGGACUUUGACCGCCACGUCUGGAGCUACAGCGUCUGGCUUUGCAACAACAACAACUGGUGCGGCACCACCAACUGCGGUUUGGACCGUGAGAUUUGCCCCGAGCAGAAGACUAAGGCGGUCAACCUCAACGACCCCCUCAAGUGGACUUGCUCUGCUUAA